UUCAAUAACAAUGUCUUUGCAACCUCAACAACACAUGUACCAAAAAGGAGUAAAACAUCUGUGCGAAAAUGGGCUCACGCAAGUUCCAAACAAAUACAUUCUACCCAAACCCGAAAGACCAGGUAUUUUCGUGGAUGAUGGCUGCAUCAACUUGCCAGUAAUCGAUUUCACGCAGCUUCAAGGUGCGGACAGACUUCGUGUUCUCGCAUCCCUCUCGAAAGCUUGCCAGGAGUUUGGGUUUUUCCAGUUGAUAAACCAUGGGAUUGGUGAUGAGGUUACUAGGAAGAUGAUUGAUGUGAGUAAAGAGUUUUUCGAGCUACCGUUUGAGGACAGACAGCGGUAUAUGUCUUCGGAUUUGCAUGCACCGGUUCGAUAUGGUACCAGUUUUAACCAGAACAAUGAUAAGGUUUUUUGUUGGAGAGACUUUUUGAAGCUAAGUUGUCACCCCCUGCAAGAUUAUUCUUCUUUUUGGCCUUCUUCUCCUCUUGAUUUGAGGGAAGCCAUGGGUGAAUACUCGAAAAAAACCCAAAAUUUAUACGAAAGGGUGAUGGAAGCGAUACUAGAAAGCCUUGGAGUGACGAACGAGACUGCGAUUUUUGAACAAGGAAACCAACUUAUGAUGGUGAAUUGGUACCCAGCAUGUCCACAACCUCAACUCACACUAGGUCUCCCACCUCAUUCGGAUUAUGGCUUGCUCACUCUUCUCCUUCAAGAUCAAGUUGAAGGUCUUCAAAUACAACACAAUGGAAAAUGGGUUACUGUUAAACCCAUCCCUAAUUCCUUUGUUGUCAAUAUUGGUGACCAAUUUGAGAUAUUUAGCAAUGGAAGAUACAAGAGUGUGGUGCACAGGGCGACAGUUAACUCCAUGAAGUCCCGACUAUCGGUGGCCUCGUUACACAGUCUAAAUGCAUACCAUAAUGUUACACCGUCGCCAAUACUUAUCGACGACUUAAAUCCUAGACUUUAUCGAGAUACAAGCUAUGCCGAUUUUUUGGAUUUUCUAUCUUCAUCAGACUUCAAGUGUAAGAGAUUCUUAGAAUCUAGAAAACUGCAUUAAAACAUGUGUUGAGACAUUAACCUUGUUUACGAUGUAUAAGUUAAUCAACUAGUAAUACAUUUGUUAGUAAGUCGUGUACAUUCGGGUGACU